AUGGAGUUUUCAACUGGGCUGUCUUCCUCCCUGGGGUAUUACAAUGAGUUGAGGUCGAAUGCUACGAGAAUUGAGCGGCCUGAGGGUAGCAAUGUGGAUGUGCUGCAUUUCGAGGACGGAGAUCCGCUGGCCAUAUGCCAUAUCAGCAACAUUAUGGAGUUUACAAUCGAUGGGAAACCGGAUAUAGAAGCAUAUCUGCAUGCCUUGUCUGUGGCAUUUGGAAUUCAUCACUUGAACACAGCCAAUGGCAUUUGGUCUCCAGAGCUGGAAGCUAUUAUGACCCGAGAUUGCCCCAAUCUCAAGUUCACCGUCGAAUUUGCCAACAUUCAGACCCUCACAGAUGUGGCACUCAACACGGCCAUUCAACAGACAGACCGAACCGUGAAUGAGAAACGACCAUGUGCGUUUAUUGGACCCAUUAGAUCGGCGCUUGCUUUGCCAACCAGCAUGAUCACGGGAUUAAGAGGAUACCCACAACUCAGUGGUAGCACCACCAGUAAAGCACUCGAUGACCCCUCGGCUCAUCCUCUCUUUGCUCGGACCUUGGGAAGCGAUGAUCUUAAUGCGGCUCCUCUACUCAAAUUCUUGAGGGAUGAUCUCAAUGUCAAAAAUUUGGCGGUCCUGCAUCUCAAUGAGCCUUAUGGCACUUCCUAUGUGGAGGCACUCAAGCAGGCUGUAGCAGAGGAAUUUUCAGAUUUCUCGCUUGCCACUAUCAGCAUGCCCUAUCGACAACUCGACAAACAAACCAUUGCAGAAGCCGUUAGAUCCCUAAAGCUUACCAGGUACCGGUAUUUCUAUGUCAUCGUUUUUGAUGUAUGGGAUGAGGUCAUGACCGAAGCAUACCAACAAGGAAUUGCGGGAAACAAGGACUACACUUGGUUGUUCUCGGACACAGUGGGACCAUGGCAACUCUUGACCCAAAAAUUUAAGCGUGGCUCCAUCUUGCACAAGGUCUAUCAAGGGAUUGGCGUAGUCGCCUUUACUGCUGGUCCAGCUGCAGAAGGCUUUGGAGCAUCAGUGACCGAAUCGCAAGGACAGGCUGAUUUUGAUUUCCUUCUAAAGCUAGCUCCAUAUGGUCUCUCUGGCGUGAUGAAUCAAGACCAGGCCACCUUGCAACAGGUUUUGUCAGCAUAUGCACCCUUCUUUUACGAUGCCACAAUCGCUUUGGGAUUAUCCGCUUGCAGGGCUCUCAACAGUACUGGUAGUGCUGCGACUGGCGAUGGCGUGCCCACACUGAAUGGGACACAUCACUACCAAACUAUGGUACAGCACGAGUUUGUCGGUGCCACCGGGUUGGUGCAGUUUGACAAGGAAACAGGGACACGCACCAAUACAAUCUCUGAUCUUGUCAAUUAUUUUGAAGAUGAGGAGGCCUCCACAGAAAGUUUAGUACAGCUGAAAUCCGUUCGCACGCAUCGGUACGAAGAUGGAGGUUGGGUCAAGUUGCACGAUUUCACGUUUCAAAGUGGCUCCUUGACCUCACCGCCGGAUCUACCACCCCUGGAUGUGGACAACAACCAGUUGAGCCGGCCAACAAAAAUUACGAGCUUUAUCAUGUGCGCUUUCGCCAUCAUUUUGGCCAUUGCAUUUGCCGGCUGGACUCAAUGGCACCGCAAGAGUCGGGUUGUACUGGCUUCUCAACCUUUCUUCCUUUUCGUGAUUUGUGCCGGUGCCAUUGUGUUUGCCUCUGUCAUUAUCCCAGGCCUGGUGGACGAGUCUUGGGCAUCCUGGAAUGGCUGCCAAGUUGCAUGCAACAUGACACCAUGGUUGCUCUGCAUGGGGUUUUCCCUUCUCUUUGGUGCCCUCUUUACAAAAACGCGGCGCGCCAACAUGAUUCUGAACAAUCCCACACCUAUGAAACGGAUCAAAGUAACCGUGGCCGAUGUCUUGAAGCCUUUGAUUGCUCUUUUGAGUGCAAACAUACUUGUGCUAUCUCUAAUGACAGCACUGGAUCCAUUGGAGUGGACGGUUGUCGUCACAAAAACGGAUACCCUGCGAGGAGUGCCUUCCGAAACAUAUGGGACUUGCACAAUACAGUCAAGUCAAAUCCCCUACAUUGUGACUCUGGCAGUCAUCAACUUUUGCAUUUUUGCUGUGGCCAUCUUUCAGGCCUGGAGAGCUCGAAACAUAUCCACUGAGUUUGCCGAGAGCAAGUUUGUCUUCAAGUCUCUGAUUACUACGAUUGCAGUUGUGUUCUCCUGUGGCCCCGUCAUGAUUUUGGCCUCGGACGAUCCCAAUGCCACGAUAUUUGUGAGAUCUGCCAUUGUCUUCAUUACCAGCACGAACACCCUACUUUGGAUCUUUGUUCCAAAAAUCAUGUUCGUUCGGAAAAAACGUUCGUCUUCUUCCGUCCGAGUAAGUGGUUUGGUCCCCCCUCCAGCUGGUGAAGUCAUCGCAGAUACUACGAGUGGGACUGAAGAUGGCAGAGAGGGAGAAUUGAUCCUGUCUGUGCUGUCGCCGACCGAGUUGAUUGGCCAAGUCAGCCACCUUAGGGAGCAGCUCCAACGGUCAAAGUCGGAAGCAGCAGCUCUCUUGUCUGCACCACAAUCAGAAAGAAAUCUUGUAGAGGAGCAGUGUCAAUCUAUGAAUCCGUCUCCCUGA